AUGAAGGUGCUCCGGCACAAGAUCGAGCUGCUGACAGGGCUGCUGCUGCAGGAGAUGACCAUGGCAGGGCUGCAUGAGCUGCGCUUCACCGAGGAGAAGCCACUGCUGCGGGGCCAGGAUACUGAGCUGGAGAGCUCAGAUGUCUUCCUCUCUGCUGUGGACACAGACUGGAAGCAGAGCCAAGAUGCUGGGCUGCCCCGCCUCUCAACAACCCCUACUCCCACCCCCGAACACGACAUCGAGACACCCUAUGGGCUGCUGCAUGUGGUCAUUCGGGGCUCACCCAAGGGGAAUCGCCCGGCCAUCCUGACAUACCAUGACGUGGGCCUCAACCACAAGCUUUGCUUCAACACCUUCUUCAACUAUGAGGACAUGCAGGAGAUCACGAAGCACUUUGUGGUGUGUCACGUGGAUGCGCCAGGACAACAGGCAGGAGCCUCGCAGUUCCCGCAGGGGUACCAGUACCCGUCCAUGGACCAGCUGGCUGCCAUGUUACCCAGCGUGGUGCAGCAUUUCGGGUUCAAGUAUGUGAUCGGGAUCGGCGUUGGGGCAGGAGCCUACGUGCUGGCCAAGUUUGCGCUCAUCUUCCCUGACCUGGUUGAAGGGCUGGUCCUCAUGAACAUCGACCCCAACGGCAAAGGCUGGAUUGACUGGGCAGCUGCCAAGCUCUCAGGCCUCACCAGCACGCUGCCGGACACAGUCCUGUCGCACCUCUUCAGCCAGGAGGAGCUGGUGAACAACACAGAACUGGUGCAGAGUUACCGGCAGCAGAUUGGCAGUGUGGUGAACCAGUUCAACCUCCAGCUAUUCCUCAACAUGUACAACAGCCGCAGGGACCUGGACAUCAACCGGCCUGGGACUGUGCCCAACGCCAAGACUCUGCGCUGCCCCGUGAUGCUGGUGGUGGGGGACAAUGCGCCUGCUGAAGAAGGGGUGGUGGAGUGUAACUCCAAGCUGGAUCCCACCAACACCACCUUCCUGAAGAUGGCAGAUUCUGGUGGGCUGCCCCAGGUCACACAGCCCGGCAAGCUGACUGAAGCCUUCAAGUACUUCCUGCAAGGCAUGGGCUACAUCGCCCACCUGAAGGAUCGGAGGCUGAGUGGAGGCGCAGUGCCAUCCGCCAGCAUGACCCGCCUGGCACGCUCCCGCACAGCCUCCCUCACCAGCGCCAGCUCGGUGGAUGGCGCCCGCCCACGUGCCUGUACCCACUCGGAGAGCACCGAGGCCAUGGGGCAGAUCAACCACACCAUGGAGGUAUCGUGCUGAGGCCCACGGCCACCACCGCCGUUUCCUCCAGAGCCAUCUCCCAUCCGUCAGCAUCCCGCCAGCACCCACCCGCCCCGCAGACGACCUCUGCCAGGGUCCUCACUCCCUUGGGGUUGAUUCAUCUUCUUUGCUGUUGGCCUCCCCCCAUCGCUGGGCACCAGAGAAGGAGAGGGGCUUUGCGUUGUCACCUCCAAGCUCUGGGUCCUGGCUUAGCCCAGCAGUCACACGUGGCUCUGCCU